GCUGGGCGUGCGCCUUUGCUUCGUGCCCUCAACCCGCAUGGCGGAGCCACGGGCGGGCCGCGGAGAGGCCGGAGGAGUCGGGCGGUUCCGGCGCCCGCGCUGAGCCGCGGGGGAGGGGCGGAGGACGCCCGUGCGGCCGGUGCGUCUGCCCUCAGUGAGGCGGGGCGCGCGGCGAACGCCCCCGGGCAGGGGCGGGAGUGGUGAAGGCGCCGGCGGUUGGCACUGAAAGGGGCGGUGAGCGAGCUGCUCCGUUCGCUAGGCGAGGCUUGGCCUUCAGAGCAGAGACGGGGGGAAGCGGUGGCGGCGGCGGCCCUCGGGCCGGCUGGUGAGGUGAUGGCGGCGCCGGCCCCGGGGGCUGGGGGAGCCUCGGGCGGCGCUGGCUGUAGCGGCGGCGGCGCGGGCGCGGGCGCGGGCUCUGGGUCCGCGGGGGCCGGGGGCCGGCUGCCCAGCCGGGUGCUGGAGUUGGUGUUCUCCUACCUGGAGCUGUCCGAGCUGCGGAGCUGCGCCCUGGUGUGCAAGCACUGGUACCGCUGCCUGCACGGCGAUGAGAACAGCGAGGUGUGGCGGAGCCUGUGCGCCCGCAGCCUGGCAGAAGAGGCUCUGCGCACGGACAUCCUCUGCAACCUGCCCAGCUACAAGGCCAAGAUACGUGCUUUCCAACAUGCCUUCAGCACUAAUGACUGCUCCAGGAAUGUAUACAUUAAGAAGAAUGGCUUUACUUUACAUCGAAACCCCAUCGCUCAGAGUACUGAUGGUGCAAGGACCAAGAUUGGUUUCAGUGAGGGCCGCCAUGCAUGGGAAGUGUGGUGGGAGGGCCCCCUGGGCACUGUGGCAGUGAUUGGAAUUGCCACGAAACGGGCCCCCAUGCAGUGCCAAGGAUAUGUGGCAUUGCUGGGCAGUGAUGACCAGAGCUGGGGCUGGAAUCUGGUGGACAAUAAUCUACUACAUAAUGGGGAAGUCAAUGGCAGUUUUCCACAGUGCAACAAUGCACCAAAAUAUCAGAUAGGAGAAAGAAUUCGAGUCAUCUUGGACAUGGAAGACAAGACUUUAGCUUUUGAACGUGGAUAUGAAUUCCUGGGGGUUGCCUUUAGAGGACUUCCGAAGGUCUGCUUAUAUCCAGCAGUGUCUGCUGUAUAUGGCAACACAGAAGUGACUUUGGUUUACCUUGGAAAACCUUUGGAUGGAUGACAGUGGCUUUCUUGGGAUGAAAGACUGAGUGGAGGAAAGAUCUGCUUAUGGAAAGUAGAACCAUGAAGUGACAGUGUCAUACGUGCAUGUCCCGGAAACAUCCUGAAAAACACAUGAAAUUGUAAACUGGAGAAGCAACUCUACAGCAGAGAUUAUCUUAGUGUUUCCUCUUUCUACCGGGCCAGAAAAAUCCUCAGGGUUGCAGUUGGUUGAGUGGGCAGUUGACAUAUGCAUGUUGCAACAGAUUUUGUCUCUAAGUUAGCAAUGUGUUAUUUCCAACUUUAAAGGUGAGAUUUUAGAGAUGCUGUAAAAGGGAUAAGAUAAGGAAAUAGCAAGAUUUUUAAGUAGUGUGUUUGUGAAGAAAGAUUGGUCCCAUCUUACAACUGCCUGUUCUUUCUCCAGUCCUUUUUUCCAGCCAGCUUGACUAUUAAUUAGAAAAGUAUGAAACUGGUUGGGUUUUAUUUAAUAUUUUUAAUAUAUUGAGAAGCAUGGUCUGCCUGGACGGCACUUCUCUAAAAGUGAGAUAUAAAAUUGUGCAGCUAUUUUAAAAGUUGUAUAUACAAUAUGUGUGUAAAAAAAACUGUAAAAAAAAAAAAAGGACAAAGAGGUUGCUUUGUUCUAGUUCAAUCUCUCAAAAACCACUACAUGGUACAAAAAUCACUUUUGGGGACAGUUGGGUAACUUACAGAGAAGAGAAUUUUAAGAGGAGGUGUGUUGUAUUGGCUCAUUUUGUGUUAGUUUUGGCUUACAGUUCCCAUUGCUAUUACGAUCUGUUGGGUUUUUUGUUUUAUUUUUUUACGAUCAAAAUUAUAGUAAAGAUCCCUCAAUCUCCUGGCUAAAGAUUGAGGAAAGAGGCAAGUCUAUUUCUAAUCACACAUAUGUCAGUAAGGAUGAUCUAAACAUAAUAGUAAUGUGCGUCUUUUUUGGUAUCUAGUUUUAUUUUUUGGUCUUCUGAGAAAGUGUCUCAUAACACAGGACCCUGCUCUUACAGGCCUCAAAUAUGAAACCUAUUAGUCAUAGACUCUAGGAAAAAAAGAAUUGAUUUAAUGAUCCUUUUAUUUUGUAACUUUAUAAUGCUGUAGAUAUUAUUAAAAAAAUUUUAAUUUAAUAUUGUUUACAUCAUGCAACAAUCUAAGCCUCAAACUCUUUUUUGGGGCUAUAAAGAAAAUGUUUACUUACCCACCUGAAACAGGUUAAGAAUAUUCUUAAUCUCACUAUAGCUAAUUGCCCCCAUGGGACUUGAAAUAUAUAACACCUUGUGCUGAAAACUGCAGGUUGGCAAUGUUUUGAAGGUUUCAUUGUGGAAAAGUUUAAAAUUCAUUCCUAUUUUGACUUAUAAAUCUUAUUUCUCUUCACUAAAACUUUUGAAUUAAUAAUCCAACACACAUGAGCUGAGAUUUUCUUUUGUUAGAAGAGAAACAAACAUCUUUCUGUAUGAAAGUAUAAAUUGUAUGGUUUUAGAUACAUAAGAAUUGAUGAGGGCAAGUGAAAUAUUUGUACUUUUGGGGUUAUUGCUCUAUGUAUAUUUUGUUUUAAAUCCAAUAAAAUUAGGGAGAGCAAGCAGCUGGCUGGGGUUCUUGGGUUGCUCCUUGAGAGUUAAGAUUGUCAGUACUCCUAUGAUGCAGGGGAUUUCAGCCAUAGAACAAAGAUUUAUUGUUGCCACCUCAAAGUUUUAUAAGUAUUUGUUGUGUAUUUGGUAUGUUGCUUGAAAAGUUGAAAUCUGUUAAAGAUUCUUUUUGAUACCAUGUCAAGAAGAAACCUUGUACAGAGUGAAAUUAAUAUGUUAAAUGUAUUAGAGAAUAUAGCUGGUAUAGAAAUUGAUUUUCUUGGUGCAGAGCAAUUCAAUUUGGCAAGGUUUAAAAUUUGAUUAAAGAAGAGAAUUGGUUCAGAAUGAUAAUGGACUAGUUAGAAAGUGAUACAAUUUAAGUACUUGUUUCUUUUUCCAGUUGCGAUAUGGCCAAUUCCAAGAGCUUUUGCUGAGAGUUUUGUCUUAUUAGUAAACAUUCAUUUGUAGCAAAGUUUUGAAGGUGUUGAAUCAAAACAGAAACACAUGGUUAUUGCAUAUUGGACCUAGAAUCAAAUAAUUGACUAAAUAUUUAACAAGCCAUUCUGUCUCAAAGAUUUAAAUUCCCUAAUGUCCCAUUUGCACAUUAUAUAAGAUGGAGGUUCAUAGUUAGCGUGAGCAUCUGAGGAAUGAAGAGCCUUCAUUUUUAAGCUGAUACAUACAUUUGUUACUAGAGACCAAUAGCUCUACAGAAUAUUAAACUGCUACAACGUUCAAGGAAAUGGAAUCUCCUUUUCAUUGGUGCUGAGAGAGCAUUUAGGUAGAAGACAGUUGCACCUGAAGAUUAAGUAUAAAUCAUCUAAACCAUUGUUUCUCAACCUUGUCUGUACUUUGGAGUCACUUUUGGAGUGCUUUAAAAAAUAUGGAUACUUGGGUUCCAUAUGCUAAGAUUCUGAUGUUGAUCUAGGAUAUGACCUGGCCAUAGGGAUUUUUUAAAACUUUCUGAUGAUUUCAAUAUGCUGCCAAGGUUGAGAAUCAUUGAUCUAAAAUUUACCUUGAGUUUUCUCAUCUGCAAAAUAGAAAAAAAUCUUUGCUCCCUUCCUUCACUACCUCACAAGGAUAUUGAGGGUAAAGGAGAAAAUAAUGGGAAAAUAUCUGUGCUAUGGGUGAAAAGUGCUAUUAAAAGGCCAAGUAGUGUUGUAUUUCAGCUGAAACUAUGAUCAGGAAAAAAAUAUGUAAUUGAAUGUGCUUUGUUGACUUGGGAAACUGGGAGCACUUUCUUUGAUUCUUUAAUGAAGCAUGCAGAUGUGGAAGCAAACAUCACUAUUACACUUAUUCAUACUAUGGUCUUCUGUCAUAAUUGAGAUAGGCUGUUUUAAUUACCUGGUUUUACAUAGGAAAGAACUUUUAAGGCUUAAAGUCUGUAAUGGUCAAUGGCUCAUAAUUCAUUAAAUCUUUUCAUACAAGGAAUUCUGUGGUUAAUACAUAUCAUUUCAUAGUUGCCAUUAGUUAUUCAUUAUUUGACUUUUGAACGUUAAGCCAUUUAUUUCAUCUCCCUCAUUCAUGUAAGUUUAGAUACAGAUUAGAUAAGGCAAGUAGGAUUUACCCAGUUAAAUAUUUGAAAUCAUGGCUCAAUGAUUAGGCAUCUUUUGCCUUUUAGAAAUGAUUUGACUGGAGAGUUUAAAAAAUAACAGCCCUAAACCACAUAGAAACUAUUAUAAUUAAUUAUUAAGUCCCCAAACUACUGUUUAUAAUAGAUUGUAAUAUUAAUAUUUUUUUAUCACUUAAAUAAAUGAACAAUUUGAAGAGAUAGAAACUUAAGGACUUUUAAAGAUUAGUGCUGAAAAGAUUACUUUCCAGAAAGUACGACCAUCUGAAUUGAGAGUGUGAUAGACAGGACUACUUUGAAGCCUUUAUUGAGAAGAAACAGUCCGUACCCAACCCAAAUGCUGUUCUCAUAAAACAUUUCUCAAUUUCUCUGAAUGUAAUCUCUCCUUCCUUGAUAUUUCCCUAGUUUUAUGGUUUAUCUGUAGUUAACUCAUGCUGUAUUACUUUAUAUGAAAUUAUUUAUAUUUAUUGAUUAUUUAUUGGUGUCUUGUCUUCCCUAAACUAGGACAGAAUCUCUGAUGGACUCAUCUUUGUGCCCAUAUCAUUUAAGCCCAGUAGGCAGGUGCUUACAUAUUUGCUGAUGGAACAAAGAAAGAAGUAUGUAGGAAGACAAAAACUCAUCUGAAGUUGUAGACGCUAGUAGCAAAAGAUAGAUGAGAAAGUUUUUUUAUGUCCUAUUCCAAGUGAAGCAGGAAGGAAAGGAAUGCAUAUCUGAGGCUAGUAAGGAAGAAAUAAUUACUGUGAAUGCAUUUUAGCCAUUCCCCUUUUUCAUAAAUGUUGGUAAACUUCGAUUUUUAGUUCUUGGUGUAGAUUUUAUAUUUGUUUAGAAUUAAAAUUAGAAUUCUGUAUUUUAAUUUUUUGGAAUUCUGUUGUUUUGCCUUAGUUUCUUAAUAAAAAGUUAAAACAAACAUUAA